UUAUUUUGCAUAAUGCGACUUUCCCUGACAAUGUUUUUACAAACUGAAACUCAGACCUUCAAAUAGUGCGUCAAGCUGUGGGUGUUAACGCGGUUUCUUUUGAAGUUUAAAUAGCCACUUAGAAAAGCCUUGAUUUAAUAAAAGUAGUGGAUGCAGCAUUUGGCCUUUGCUAGGAUCACGUGGAAUCUUUCCAAGAUGUUUUAUAGAGAGGUACGGAAGCUGCUGGUUGUGCUAUUUUAUCUAGUAACUUGGUUGGCUAUCAUUUCAAACGCUCGUGUCCUGACUACUCAAGCUGUCACACCGACAACCAAAAGAACCUUAAGAAACAGCUCGAUUUUCAAACUGACAAAAUCUUGGACUAAUAAAUGGCAAGUAAGGUUGUUCUCUCGAGUUGGUCGAUUUCUCUCUAUGGAUAGRAAUGGAAGUUUAUCUGGAGUGCUUCAUCAAAAUGAGAUCUUCGAAAUUCAGUCUUUUGGYCCAAGUGUGGUGAGAAUUAAACAUGAGCAAACUGGAAUGUACAUUGCGAUGGAUAGCAAAGGAAAAAUAAAAGGACAGAAAAAYCCUCCAUUGAAAGAUACGUACUUUUACCAAAACCAUGAAGAAAAUGCGUUUGUAUCGUUUGCUUCGUAUUUUCACAGAAAGAAAAACGGUUUGCAAAUGUUUUUGGGCGUGAAAAGGGGAGGUAAUGUGAAGUAUGGAAGACGAACUCGUGCUGGACAGGACUCUAUGCAGUUUCUCUUACUCUACGUAAACUAUACAACCAAACCGAUCUAAUAGUAUAUCAGCCUGCUUGCUAGUAUUAGUUAAACACAGACUAUCAAUAGCAAACAAAAGUCUGCCAUUCCAUGAGAUCAUUAGCUCUGCACGGAGACAACCAUUAUUAAAGAAUAGAGACUGAAAUAUGUCUAAUGAAGGCACCAAACCCGUGAAAGGCAUUCUAGACUAAUCCACCCGAUUUUUCUUUUGUGUUUUCCACACGAAGUAGUGUUGAGACUUUCAACGGUCUAGUGUCUUUAUUGUAUUGUUAUAGUGUGCAAGACUACUGCCCCUUUAGGCAGAUAAAAAUGGAAAAUGCUGCGUAUGAAAUUAGAAAUGCAUAUUAAUAACAGGAAAAUAUUAGUGUUAUUGUGUGUUAAUUAAUAUUUAAUCGAUAGCUAAACUGAGCUAAUGAUUGUUUUACUGAUGUAAUACUGUACGCCAGGUUGGCGCAUGUCUGUGUUAAAUCUACCGAUGACUCAAAUACAUCAGAUUAGAUCAGUAUUCUCAAUUUGGACGCACACAGUGGAAUCGUAUGUGACUUAACCGAUAUAGCUCAUGAUAUAGGUCCUUAUAUAGGUCCUGAUAAAGGUCCUGAUAGA